AUGGCGCUCUCUGUCGCGCCCAAGCUAUUUGCCUCAGAUAGAUCCAGGGCAUGGCUCUUAACGUUAACCAGUGCUCUUGUCAUGACGGUCGGUGGUCUAGGUUUCGCAUUUGCCUUCUUUGCUAGCACUGAGCAGAUAAAUCACUUCCCUCUCUUGGACGUCGGGUGGGCGAAUGCUAUCUGCUCCUGCUUUAUAUCAUUUUUGGCUGCUGACAUGGUGUUGGGUUACUUGUACUUUAAAUCUGAAGUGAAUUGGCUUACCGGAUGGGUCCAUCAUAUUGGCUACUCCAUUGUUGUCUUUGGAUGUAUACAGCACAGAGUCGCUGGUGGUUUCCUCACGUUUGCUUCCUUAUUGGAACUUCCCAGUAUACCUCUGUCACUAGGACAUAUUAAGAAGGCUUGGAGACGUGAUUAUCUCUUUGGAGUGCUAUUCUUUGCCACGAGAGUAUUGGUGAACUUUUACGUGAUACUGCACGUCAGGGUAGCCUAUCCCCACUCGAACUUCUAUUUAGUAACAGCUGCACCUCUUCCUCUACACAUCUUUUGGUUUUACAAUUGGGUUCAGCAGCAAAUACGCAUACGGAAGCAUAAGCACACUGAUACUGCUACUGCUGCUACUGUGAAAAAAAUGGAGUAA